AGAGGUAUUCUUAAAUGAGCCUUCAAAGGCGUCGCUACAUCCCAAUAUAAGAAAAAAUGAAAAUUCUCACCGAAAAUAUGAAAAAAAUGCUGUCUCCUUUACAACCAGCAAUUCCGUAUGGCGUGCUCGAGUCUUGGGAAGAUUUAAACCCCAGGCUUUACCAUGCUGUGCACAUUUACUGGCUUAAAUUCUACGGCAUGUGGUACAACAAUUUCUCGCCAAAAAACAUACUAUUCUGGGUACAGUUGACGUAUACGAUAGUCGUGUUAUGGCUCGUGUGUUUCUUGCCUGGCAUCGGAGAAGUCGUGUAUUUGCUGAAGCGAAGCGAAAACAUUGCUAACAUUGCUGAAGGGUUGUAUUUGUUUUUAAGCGAGAUGUACACGUACUUCAAAAUAACCGUGUUUUGGCUGAAUAAAGACAAAGUUAUGAGUCUGCUCGAGUAUUUGCACUGCGAUCAGUUUAAGCCGACAGAGGCAGAGCAUAGGGAGAUUAUACGAAAGAGUAUUAAAACGGCGCGGUUUGUGAUGACAUACUACUCCACAAUAUGUGUCGGCGCUGUCUUGGUGGGAAUUAUUAUGCCGUUAACAGAGAAAUUCACCAUUUUGCCAACGAAUGUGGAAUAUCCGUUUUUCGAUGUUUACAAGUCACCCGCGUAUGAAACGUUGUACGUACAUCAUAUUUAUUACAAACCAGCGACUUGUAUAAUUGACGGAGUAAUGGACACGAUACUUGCAGCUUUCGUCGCCUGUGCCAUUGGUCAAAUAGAAAUUUUAUCUUUUAACCUGCGCCAUUUUGACCUGGUAGCGCAGCGGCGUCUCCAGAGGGCCAUCGCGGCCAAGGACCCCAGUGGGGCCUAUCACAGAGAUUACCACAUUCACUCGGUACUCAAGGAUUGUGUUAGACACCACAAUAGCAUUAUACGUUACGUGUCAAUGAUAGAGGGCGCCUUCAGCCUGGCUUCGGCUCUGCAAUUUAUGUUAAGCGUGAUGGUUCUCUGUUUGGUUGGAGUCCAGUUUUUAUCGAUCCACGAGCCGGCUAAACACCCAAUGCAGAUAAUGUGGAUGGCGAUCUAUUUGACGUGUAUGCUGAUUGAAGUUUUUAUCCUGUGCUGGUUUGGAGAUGUCCUCAUUUGGAAGAGCAUUGACCUCAGCCAUGCAGCAUUCGAAGGUCCCUGGAUAAACACUGAACAAAAGUCGAUGAAGUACAUAGUCAUAUUCAUGGAGAGAUGCAAACGACCCAUGAAAUUAACCGCGGGGAAAGUAUUCACCCUUUCUUUGGAUACCUAUACAAUACUUAUAAAUUGGUCUUAUAAAGCAUUCGCGGUAAUGAGCAAUAUGAAGAAAUGAAAUAUUUUUAAGUAGUUUAUAGCCCACUGCUGGGCAAAAUACUCUACAUGGCCAUUUGUCUCUGCUUUAGGAUAGAAAAAUCGAGCUCCGUGGCUUUCGUGUAAAAGUAGUAAAAAUAAUAUAAUAAA